AUGCAACCUGGAAGAUCAGCAUCUCCCAUGAGGGAAAUAACAAGAGUGGAACCAGGUUCUAAAUCAGGAUCUGUGCCAGACUGGGAAACUGAGCCACACCAGAGACCUAUAACCCAGCCAGAGCCUGGGUCAGAAAAGACACCCACAGCCAACUCAAGACUGAAACCUCAGCAGGGAUCUGGUACCCAACAGGAGUUUGCAACCCAGCAAAGACCCCUCGCCCAGCAGGAGCCCCUUGCCCAACAUGAAGCUGAAUCCCAGCAAGAAACUAGAGCCCAACAAAAAUCUGCUUUGCACCUGAAAUUUCUUAUACCACAGAAAUCACCCUCCACUCAAAGGGUGCACUUCAAUCCACAGCAAACUGCCUCCCAGCAAGGACGAGAGCCAGGACAAGUUUCUACAACUCAACAAGAACCAGAAUCGAGAGAGAGAGGCGUAGCCCAGCCAGUACCUGGACCAUCACUAGCUCAACAAGAUGCAGAAUCAACACCUACAGCCCAGGCUAUUCCUGGACCCAAAAAGAGACCACCUGCCCAGGUUGAAUCUACAUCCCAAGAAAGAACUGAACAAUCCGACCCUACAGCCCAGCAAGCACCUCCAGCCCAGGCAGCCAAAUCCAAGAAGGGAUUUUUGACUGAGUGGAAAUUUCUAACAAGAUUGUACGAAGUCUCCAUGCAGCAAGUAACCCAAGAGCGGAAGACAUUUUUUGAAUGCAUCACAGAUUCUGAAUCAGAUUUAGAAUCAAACAGGAGGUCAUCUUUAGAGACAGAUCUGCUAGGUAUGAGGAAUGUAUUCCCAGGAACGAAACCAGCCUUCAAAAGGAAACCUGGUUAUGACUACGAAGCCAUGUCAGGAUACAGUGGGACACCACUACAUGGGAAGAAAACCAGUGCCCAGAAUCACAGACACUAUCAGGAUACAGCCUCACGGCUCAUCCACAGCAUGGACCUGCGGACGAUGACACAGUCACUGGUGACUUUGGCAGAGGACAACAUGGCCUUCUUCGCAAGCCAGGGCCCUGGGGAGACUGCACGGCGGCUCUCAAGUGUCUUUGCGGGUGUGCGGGAGCAGGCCCUGGGGCUGGAGCCAGCCCUGGGCAACCUGCUGGGCGUGGCACACCUCUUUGACCUGGACCCAGAGACGCCAGCCAAUGGGUACCGCAGCCUGGUGCACACAGCCCGCUGCUGCCUCGCACACCUGCUACACAAAUCCCGCUAUGUGGCCUCCAACCGCCGCAGCAUCUUCUUCCGCACCAGCCACAACCUGGCUGAACUGGAGGCCUACCUGGCUGCCCUCACCCAGCUCCGUGCUCUGGCCUACUAUGCCCAGCGUCUACUGGCCACCAACCGGCCAGGGUGGCUCUUCUUUGAGGGUGAUGAGGGACUCACCGCCGACUUCCUUCGAGAGUAUGUCACACUGCAUAAAGGCUGCUUCUAUGGCCGCUGUCUGGGCUUCCAGUUCACACCUGCCAUCCGGCCGUUCCUGCAGACCAUCUCCAUUGGGCUAGUGUCCUUCGGGGAGCACUACAAACGUAACGAGACUGGUCUCGGUGUGACAGCCAGCUCCCUCUUCACCAGUGGCCGCUUUGCCAUUGACCCAGAGCUGCGAGGGGCUGAGUUUGAGCGGAUCACACAGAACCUGGAUGUUCACUUCUGGAAAGCCUUCUGGAAUAUCACCGAGAUCGAGGUGCUGUCGUCUCUGGCCAACAUGACGUCAGCCACGGUGAGGGUAAGCCGCCUGCUCAGCCUGCCGCCUGAGGCCUUUGAGAUGCCACUGUCCUCUGACCCCAAGCUCACAGUCACCAUCUCACCUCCUUUGGCCCACACAGGCCCUGGGCCUGUCCUCAUCAGGCUCAUCUCCUAUGACCUUCGGGAAGGACAGGACAGUGAGGAGCUGUGCAGCCUGGUGAAGUCCGAAGGCCCGCGGAUCCUGGAGCUACGGCCCCGGCCCCAGCAGACAUCACGCGCAAGGUCCCUGGUAGUGCACUUCCAUGGCGGUGGCUUCGUGGCCCAGACCUCCAAAUCUCACGAGCCCUACCUCAAGAGCUGGGCCCAGGAGCUGGGUGCCCCCAUUAUCUCCAUCGACUACUCCCUGGCCCCCGAGGCCCCCUUCCCCCGUGCGCUGGAGGAGUGUUUCUUUGCCUACUGCUGGGCCAUCAAGCACUGUGCCCUCCUCGGCUCUACAGGGGAGCGGAUCUGCCUUGCCGGAGACAGUGCAGGUGGGAAUCUCUGUUUUACUGUGGCCCUCCGAGCAGCAGCCUAUGGUGUACGGGUGCCAGAUGGCAUCAUGGCAGCCUACCCAGCCACAAUGCUGCAGUCAGCCGCCUCUCCCUCCCGCCUCCUGAGCCUUAUGGACCCACUGCUGCCCCUCAGUGUGCUCUCCAAGUGUGUCAGUGCCUAUGCAGGUGCAGAGACGGAGGAACACUCCAACUCAGACCAGAAGGCCCUGGGCAUGAUGGGACUGGUGCAGCGGGACACAUCCCUGCUCUUCAGAGACCUCCGCCUGGGUGCCUCCUCGUGGCUCAAUUCCUUCCUAGAGUUCAGUGGGCAAAAGUCCCAGAAGACCUCAGUGCCCGCAGCAGAGUCAAUGCGUCGCAGUGUGUCAGAGGCUGCCCUGGCCCAGCCUGAGGGCCCAGUGGGCACAGACUCCCUCAAGAUUCUGACGCUGAAGGACUUGAACCUGAAGAGCAGCUCUGAGACAUCAGACACCCCUGAGAUGUCGCUGUCUGUGGAGACACUGGGCCCCUCCACACCCUCUGAUGUUAACUUCUUUCUACGGCCUGAGGAUGCCAGAGAAGAGGUUGAGGCCAAAGAAGGGAGCACCAAGGACAAUAGCCCCCGGGUGGGCAAUGCCUUCCCCGAGGGUUUCCACCCACGGCGCUCGAGCCAGGGUGCCACCCAAAUGCCCCUCUACUCAUCACCCAUUGUCAAGAAUCCCUUCAUGUCGCCUCUGCUGGCGCCUGACAAUAUGCUGAAGACCCUGCCACCUGUGCACAUUGUGGCGUGCGCCCUGGACCCCAUGCUGGACGACUCGGUCAUGUUCGCGAGGCGACUGCGCGCCCUGGGCCAGCCGGUGACGCUGCGCGUGGUCGAGGACCUGCCGCACGGCUUCCUAAGCCUGGCUUCGCUGUGCCGGGAGACACGACAGGCCGCGGAGCUGUGCGUGGAGCGCAUCCGCCUCAUCCUCACUCCACCCGCCACCACACCGCAGCUCUGAGCCCGACCAGGCCGUGCGGGGAGAUGGGGCUGCGGGGACAGCACUAAAGACCUUGUUCCCACCUGCGCCGGCCUCCGUGGUGAAUGCGCUCAGGGACCGGGCGGGCGGGGGUGGGCUGUGCCUUAAGGCUGGGGACCGCAAGGGCGGGGCAGGAGCCGAAAGCUGAGACGCGGGCCUCAGGGAGGGGGCGCACACACACUGGUCACUGAGACAGCUGGACCUGCACUCCACCACUGCCGUCUGCUGCGGCGACAGAGCGCUGCUGGUCGGUCUGUUUUUUCUAAAUAAAAAUAUU